UAUGACAAAGGUUUAUGUUUCCCUUCUGAUUUGGCUUUCCUUAUAGCCUUGCCUAUAUGGAAAAAAAGAGAAAAAGUGUUUGUUCAUUGGACUGCUUGCAACACAGCAUUACCAUUUUCUGCUCUGUCAUAUGCCAUUCUGUGUAUUUGUUCCAUCUUAUUAGAAUAUGAAAUCACGAGACAAAUUCUCUAUAAUUUGUCAUCUCAAUCGUAUUGGCUGAGACUUUACAACACCGCCUUCAUGUGUUGUGUUUAUACAGGAACUGUGUAAUACAAACAUACAUGUGAUUUAAUUGUGUUUACACGUCACUAUAAUUCAUUGUAAUAUGUGUAGCAUAGGCACUGUAAUGUGGAGUGUGACGUCAUAUUGUAGUAAUUCAUCCACUUCCUGCAUUGUUAGACCCUUUUAAAUCCUCAGCUGCAGGGUGGGCAUGGGAAGUGCUCAAUGGAUGCACCCAUUGGAAAGGUGUUUUGGACGAUAAGAAAUCGCAGCGUCACCAAUGCAUGGUUUGUCAAAAAAGCAGGAACCAAAAGAAGACUUGACAUUUGUGUGUCAUAUUUCUACCGUGGGCUAUUUCAGUGCAGACCAGCCAAACUGGCUGAUGAGUUGUCAGUAUUCUUAGGCGGUUGUUCAUGCUUGCUUUCCAAGCAAAUAGGCCACAGGAUGUAUGUCACGAGCUGUUUUCAAGCAUAUUGCAGCAUUGCAAUACGGUCCCUGCUUUUCGGUUACCUGCGAUGGAUUUAUUUAGUUCAUUUAAUGUUAACCUUGCUUUUCCUCCAGUUUUUGGAAUCGUGCAUUGCUUUGUGUGGCGCUUUCAAGAAUAAGGGGAAGCUGUUGCUGAACACUGCCUGCGAAUAUGUCUGGGAUGUGUAAAUGAUAUCAUAUGACAUUACAAUGUAGAGACGUAGGGCUGUGUAGACGUGGGUUUUGUGAUAUGCAUUAGAUUCCAUUUCCUGCAGACCCGUAAAUAUAGGCUAAACAUUAGGGUGUACCAUCUUAACUAGUAAUGCAUUUUAAUAGUGAAGUCUAAGUAGAUUCGAGGUCCAUAUAUGUGCUUUCACAUGUCACAGAACAUGACUCAACGGUAGUUACGUGUUUCUUACAUCUGUAAUAGUCUUUUCAUCUGUAAUAGUGACAUUUAAAUUACACACAGACACGAGUUUGUUUUGAUUUCUCGAGAUGAUUGUGGCAUGUGGCAUUGUAAAAAAACGAACUGCAAAUCUUUCUUGGACAGGAUCAAUGGCAUUAAAAAUACUAAUCUAUUGUCGCUUGUUGUGUAUAAUUAUGAUGUUUUACCGCAUAGACCGUAUGUGAUAUGUUGUAACAUAUGUGCUUUUAAGACACUGCGAGUAUACAUGGCGCUGUCCAAUAUUUGUAAAGUACUCACAAUUUGGCUACAAGUCCGAAGAGACCUCUUGGCAUGCAUCACUUGGUUCACAUUAACUGAAGGACGACCUACAGCAUGAUUCGCUGGCAGCUCACAUGUGUGCAAAGCACCAUAAAACCGUUUCAGAACUGACGUUAUAGUGCAUCAUCAAUUAAUUCAUUAUAAAAAGCAAGGCAUUGCUCCUUGAGCAAAAAAUGGACUGCCUUGUUUCUUAGCAUCUCUUGUUUCUAUGGAUACGGUUCAUUCAAAGACAUUGUAAUGCAGAAAUGCAUAGUUCUCAUUUCGACACGUUGUUUUAAUAUAACAGUGUUUGUAGCAGCUGCAUUUGAUCGCUGCUUUUGAUGUUUCAAGGUCGAUAAGUGAUAUAACGCAUGCAGAUGUUGCCGUUUUAUGCAGACUCAUACCUGAAUUAAAGGAAUAGCUCAGCCAAAUAUGAAAAUCCUCAGUUUAUGGCAUCCCAGAUCUAUAUGACUUCCUUUCCUCAGUUGAACACAAAUUAAUCAAAAGCAAAACGCCACAUCAGUGAAAGAAAACGGUUAAUAUUUGAAGCAUAAAUAUUGAUUGAUACAUCUUGGAUCCAUGUAAACAAACUGAUCCAUGUGCUAGAUUUUAAUAUAGUGGCACUUGAAUAACUUUGAAUCUCAUUGGUUCUCGUAUGUCUUGUGACAAAUUGUCACAUGUGUGUGUGUUUUGUCACAAGACAGUCAAGGUCCAAUUACUAUUUUUAUUUAUAUAAACAUGCCAAAAGUUUUUCAUAUUUGGGUGAACUACUCAUUUACCCACCCCUAUUAUUAAACAUCUUAUGAAAAUGACUAAACGCAUGUAAUGCCAGAUAUAGCUUAAUAUAAUCUCUUUUGUGAUCAUCAUCAUUAGAAUUAAGCAGACUGAUCUUAUUUUUGAUCUCACAAAUAUAAUUCAUAACUCUAUUUUCUAGACAAAGUUGAUCCUUCCUCAAAGCUAAACAGCCUAGUUCUUUUAACCCACUAAAAAGCCACAGACUGUUUAAAAAUAGUGUUUAAUCAUGAAGAAAAUCAGGCAUGGAGCGCUCAAAGCAGCUGUAUUACACAGUUCCCUCAGGCUAACGAGGUGGCUUGAUCAAACGUCCUGACUCGGGCUUGUGUGACCUCUCUGGUUUGACUUAACUGGUCUUGUCACAGGCUUGCAAAGGCCUGUUGUUUGUAAGAUUUAAUGGAGUAAGAAGAUGCAGUUUUUCUGAGCCUCUUUGGCUUUCCCAGUUGCCAUGGUGAUGUUUUCAGUCUCUGUGAUUUUUAAGCAGGACUGUGAGAUGGAGAAAGUAAAUGAUUAGGUAGAAAAUGUUGCAUGUGACCUUUUUUGUUGUUAAUUGGUUGCGUUUUGGUGACCGUGGCUUCCAGAAUUUCUAUUUGUGCAAGACCGCUUUAUUAAAGUUAAUGGCCAAGUUGAUUUUUAUGUCUAAAUAUUUCGUAAGUUAUAUUUUGUUUAUUUCUAACUUAGCACUUUUAAAAAGCUUAUGUUUGAAUGAUUUUGUAGGAGUGCAAAACAGUUUAUUUAAAAUGUCAUUUUUAUACCUCAUUUUCAGUAUGCACAUCUAAAAAUCUAAGAUUGGCUCAUUCUAGUGUUCAUGCACACACUCUGUCAGUCUGCCCCCAGACGCUGUGUUUCCAUGGAGACAUUGUUAUCUCGUGGCCUGAAGCGCAAUUUCGAGGAUGUGGACAGCGGUUCGCCGUGUUCCACACCCAAAGAUUCGGAUGAUGACAUCUCCAGCAGUGACAGUGCAGAUAGCUGCGACAGUCUCAACGCUCCCUCCAGCUCUCUCGCACCUCCCUCCAUUCUUAGAAGACACAAAGCCUCUUUGGGUCGUAAACAGGUUCGCUUCGAUGCAGUGACGGUCUACUACUUCUCCAGAAAACAAGGCUUUACCAGCGUGCCCAGCCAAGGUGGCAGCUCCCUGGGCAUGGCACGGCAUCACUGCGCCAUCCGCCAUUACACCCUUGGCGAGUUUGCACGAGAACAAGAAAGUAGCCACAAGCUCGUACUGCAUCAGCAUCUACGUCAAGAAAAGCUCAACGCUCGCAAGUUAAAGCUGACAAGGAAUGGAACUGUAGAUAGUCCAGAAGCAGAGCUUCUUACGCUGGAUGACAUAUCGGAUGAGGAUCUGGAUGUGGAAAGCGUAGAGGUGGAUGACUGCUUCUUUCUUCAGCCUCUACCUACCAAGCGGCGCAGGGCGCUACUGAGGGCCUCGGGCAUUGCCCGGAUAGACACAAGGGAGAAGGCUGAGCUGCGCACAAUACGUCUGUCCCGUGAGGAGUGUGGCUGCGACUGCCGCUUCUACUGUGACCCUCGACACUGCGGCUGCAGCCAGGCUGGAAUCAAAUGCCAGGUGGAUCGGAUGUCCUUCCCAUGCGGUUGCACCCGUGACGGUUGUGGUAACACCGCUGGACGAAUUGAGUUCAAUCCUCUUCGUGUACGUACACACUAUCUCCACACAAUCAUGAAGCUUGACCUGGAAAAAAGAAGUAUGCUGGGUGUUCGGUCAGGAGAAGAUUGCGUAGAAGAGGCAGAGCUGGUUUCCUCACCAUCCCUGUCCCUAUCGCCCUUGGAAUCAGAUGUGGAAGUGGAAACCCAGAGUAUCCAGGAACUGCAAGAGGAACAGUGUGACAGUCUAGAAAGUGAGAACGAAACAGCCGUGCUCCACCUGCAGAGCGCAGAGGAACUGGAAAGGAGGCGUGAACAGGAGGAGCAGCAGGUUGAGGAGGCGCAGACCGCUGAUCCGACCCUUUGCCUUCUGCAAGGGGCCUUGACCGAUCAGGCUAGCAUGGAGGACAUGGAAGGUGUUGAGGGAGUUCUUCUAGAAGGUCCUUUUCCCGAAGGUGCCACCUUGGUUUGCAUUACAGAGAACCAUGCGGAUGACCAGAGGCUUCUCAAAGACCCUGCUUCUGUCCUCUACUAUCAGGUUGGGCACUUGGAGACGGCUGCUUUUGAGACGCUUCCUGCUCAAGUAGAAGUGGUGAGCGACGCCGGGGAUUUAGAGGUGGAGAGCGGUCGGCAAAAACAAGAAACCUGCGGGCAGGACUCAGCCAAAAGUUUGUCUGCUGAAGUACCUCCGCCACCGGAGAGUAACCCGAACGGGGGCGAAGAACAGCUUUGUCCAGAACUGGCCUCAAAUGGCGAGGAAUGCCUUGAGACGUGCCUGGCGCUGGAUGAAAAGGCAGUACAGCUUCCUCCAGAAGUGUAGAGCCUAUCACCUCUGCAGAUGUUUUGCACAAGUUAGUCAUUAUAUUGAUAGAGAGCCUACUCCACACAGUGCGGUAUGUUACCAGACUGCAAUGUUGAUUAAUUGUUAAAAAAUACAAGUUAGCUACAUGAGUUUGUAUCAAAUUUAGUUGGCGAUAAGCAUGUACUGUGUUUGAAAUAGGUUGUCAGUGAAAUAAGUUAUUAAAAAGAAAAAAAUAGAAUAAUUUAUUCGAAAAAAAAUAAAAAAUAGGGGAGAUCCGUAUCGCUUCAUUAUUUGAUACUGGUGGACAUCGUGGCCUUCAUGUCGAGGAACAAGCAUUUUCAGGAAUAACCAGUGGCUUCCUAAGGCAUUUCAAGUAGAGUUUCUGGUAGAGCACCCCAAUAAAUAAUUGGCACUGUAAAAAUAAAAGCAUACUAAUGCUGCAUUCAUGUCUUAUCUAAAUUAGCGCAGUUCAUUCACAUUAAAUUCAUGCCAAAAUGUAUCUAUGUGCGCCUUUGUUUUUGAUGACCGAAAAAAUGACUUUAGCGGUAAAACAUUUGCGGUAAAUAUCCUAGUUUCAACUUGUAAUUGUGAGUUUUGACAAAGAUUUCAAUACUCGUAAUUACAAUUAUUCUGACAUGACAUGAAUGCACCAUUAGUAAUCUGCAUAUAGCUAUUGCUAAUUCAAUGCUAACGCUAAGAGAGGGGUCGCUUAAAGUGGGUGUUUGUAGCAUCCUUUCCUGUGAAAAGACUCAAAUGAUCCUGGAAAUACUUGGUUUUCAUGUACUGUAUAAGCGUUUAGCCAAGAGCUAGCAUGAAGAUGAGUGAAAAGCUGCUUGUUCUCCAUAUGCACGUUGAAAACUUGAUUCGUUUGAAAUUGGUGGACGGGGAUCAAUGAAUGUGCAAGCCAUUUGCACAGCAGACAACGUUUGAAGCUGUAGCCUACCGUCCCAGUCCAUGGACGUUUAUUUAUUUACAACCGCUUUGUAUUGUGAGGGCGAGGACAAUGUGCGAUUGUGUUUGAAGAUUAGUGUCAUCUACAAUCAUCUAAGUUUUAGUUUAUUUUUAUUUUUUUAAACAUUGUAUUAGUUGUUUAGGGGUGAAUGAGAUCUUACACCUUUUAAUGCACAUCAAGCCUUUAAAGAUAACAGAAGAGCAUCUAGCUGUACUGAUGGUUGAAUGUGAAAAUUUAGUCCCGUGUAUGGGUGAAUCUUAUGGAAACAUUUUACCCCAAAAUGUGAUUUUAAUGAUUUUGCAUUAAGAAGAAAAUAUAAAGACAUUUUUGAUAUUGGUCUAUUGGUUAUAUUUGUGUCGUCAAAACGUCAUAAUGCAGAAACACGUAAUGGUCUUUACAUUUUUUUUAAUAUAAUUUCUUCAAUUUUGGGUUAAAUAUGACAGCUUGAACGUUUUCAUGAGAUUCUAUGUGUUAAAUAUUAAGUGUACCUAAAAUUAUUUUUAUUGUUUAUUGUGGACUUAUAUGUAUAACAUGGCAAGUGAAAUUUGGGGGAGAGGUUGAAUGUCAUAAUGUUGACUUGAUGUCACAUGAUCCCUUAAUCCCUUAAUUUGUCACACUGGACUACAUUUUUAACAGGACCGGUAUUUAUGAUGGGCUGAUUUUACUUACCUGUCAACAGUGCACCUUGUUUUAAAUGUCCAAACUCUGUGAAAACCAACCCCUCCUUUCUUCUGUUGUGUGCACCUGUUGUUUUAGAAUAUAAAUAAUGUUGUUAAAUUUUUUUAUAAAGAUGCUUUUGUUAAAAGUCUUUUAGAUUGUUUACUUUUGUUUAACAUCAGUUAAAGACAUAAUUUGAAUUGUUAUAUAAAUGAAAAAAUGCGGUAUUCAAAUAGUAUAACAAAUUCUGUGAUGUUGCUAAAUUAUUUAAACAUAAGAAAUGCAAGAAAACAGUCUUUUGCUGUGUGCGUGUGUGUGUCGGAAAGGUUUGUGAGAUGAACCAAAUCUGUGAGUGCAGUAUGACAUCUUCAUAUUUCAAAAGGUGCUCUUGUUUUAGUUUUUAAAUAUUCCUAUUAACAGUGUAUGUAGAAAAAAUAAACUUAAUUUAAAAAUAGCAGAUCAUCGUCUCUCAAGAGGGUUACAUUUUAACAUUGAAAACGACUAAUAUUGCAGUUAUCUGUCUGAAUUGGGUUUACUUGCAACACCCUCACAGGUUAAAUGUAUCGUUAGAUUAGCUAAAAUGAAGUAUAAUAAGGCUAAUCACAAAUUAUUUAGCAUGAUUGUUCCUAUGUAUAUCUUACCAUUGUAAAGCCCCAAGCAUUACGCUGGAUAUUCAUACCUAAAUUUGCAAUAAUUUAGAGCUUUUCAAAAGACCAAUAAAACUAGAAGGAUUUUUGUUGUUUUAUAUAUUUACUGUGAUGAUAUGUUUUUUUACUUUGAGUAUGCCUCAUUGUUUGUUAGCAUGUCUCUAUGUAUUGGUUUACUAAUUGGUGUUAAUGUUCUGGCUCCAUGUGUGCGGUUUCUGUCUGUUCUUUGUAUCAAACACGUAGAAAGAAAAUACCACCUGAUGGAUCCCAUAAAUGGGUGGUCUAUGGACCAAAACAUGUUAUACAGAGUCGGACAUUUCAGAAAGCUUUGUUCACUGCUUUAAUGUAAUCAUGCUACAGUCCAGUGGUCUAAAACCUUUGAAGCGGAGGUUUCAAUGUCGCCCAUGCUUAAUGCACCCAUUGCUGACGUGCAAAGCAACAUUUUGCUCAUUAAUUUUUGUCAGAUGUGAUUUUUUUUCCGAUACCACCUCCAUCUUGAUGUACACAGAUGUGAGACCACUACACUUACUGAAGUCCAACUUGCAUUAUGAUUGUAUGUGCUUAUGUUUGCGUGUGUGUGCGUGUGUGUGUGUAUUAGAGGUGCUUUAUUAAUAGGGCUGAAUGGAGAUUAAUUCUACUGUAAGAGUGACUUAUGCUAUCUGUUGCCUACAGACAAAACAUACAAAGUUUUAUAUGAAUGUGAGUGACAUAAAAUCUCAAAUAAAACAAAUUGAAAAUGU